AAGGCCCGUACUGCAAGGCCAGGGGCGGGUCGCCAGUGUCUCGGAGCCGCGCGCGCGCGCUCCUCGUCCGCGCGCUGCGCCGCCCGCGCGCGCGCUCUCCGCCGGGGCCGACAGGCGAGAGCAGGGGGAUGGCACCCGCCGGCGGCCGAGGCGCGCGCGCCUGGCCGGGGGUGCUGGCCGGGCUGCUGCAGGCCCGCGCCUUCUAUCUGCCCGGGGUGGCGCCCACGGAGUACCACGAGGGCAGCCCUGUCGAGCUGAAGGUGAACAAGCUGACGAGCGUGAAGACGCAGCUGCCCUACCGCUACUACGUGCUGCCCUACUGCGCGCCCAAGGAGAUCCACGUGGCGGCUGAGAAUUUGGGUGAGAUCCUGCUCGGCGACUCAAUCGAGAACUCAAUGUUCGACAUCAAGAUGAAUGUCAACGCCUCGUGCGCGAUCCUGUGCGAGAAGGCGCUCACCGUGGACGAGAAGAACCGUUUCCGGAACAUGAUAGACCACGAGUACCAGGUGAACUUGCUGGUGGACAACCUCCCAGGCUCCAUGCGGUACUACCGCCGGGGAGACGAGGGAUUCUCCUACACCAACGGCUUCCCAGUGGGCGUGAAGAAGGAUGGGAGAUAUUACGUGCACAACCACGUUCGGAUAGGGCUGCAGUAUCACGUCGACCCGGAUGAGUUUGAGGGCUUCCGCGUCGUCGGUUUCGAGGUGUUCCCUCAGAGCCUUGUCCACAGCAAGAGCGCUGGCAGCGACGUGGCGACGUGCGAGGAUGCGGACGACGUUUUCCCCCACUGGGACCUUGCCCAGCACGACUCGAUCGUCUACAGCUACGACGUGACGUGGACGCCGAGCAGCGUGCGCUGGGCCUCUCGCUGGGACACGUAUCUCAAGAUGCACGAGGGCCAGAUCCAUUGGUUCUCGAUUGUCAACUCGCUGAUGAUAGUCCUUUUCUUAUCUGGCAUGGUCGCCAUGAUCCUCCUGCGCACUUUGCACCGCGACAUCGCCAAGUACAACGACAUGUCCGCAGAGGACACCACCGAGGAGACGGGCUGGAAGCUGGUGCACGGGGACGUGUUCCGAAAGCCGCCUCACUCGAAGGCGCUCGCCGUGUCCGUGGGUUCGGGCAUACAGCUGCUGGUCUGCGCUGGUGUCACGCUGGUCUUCUCGGCUGCCGGUUUCCUGUCGCCGGUGCACCGCGGCUCCAUCCUUCAGGGCAUGUUGUUGCUGUUCACUUUCGCUGGCAUCAUCGCGGGGUACGUCUCCGCCCGCUUCUACAAGAUGUGGAAGGGAGAGGACUGGAAGAAGACAACGCUGCUGACAGCCUUCGUCUACCCCGGAACAGUGUUCGGGAUAUUUUUCUUCCUCAACUUGGGGGCACGGUGGCGGGUCUGGGGCACGAAGUCGUCGGGCGCGGUGCCGUUCACCACGAUGUUUGCGCUGCUCGUGCUGUGGUUCGGCAUCUCCGUGCCGCUGGUCUUCCUGGGCGCCUUCUUCGGCUACAAGAAGGCGCCGAUCAGCCUGCCAGUGCGCACCAACCAGAUUCCGCGGCAGGUGCCCGCACAGCCGUGGUACAUCAGCGGGCUCUUCUCCUCGCUCGUGGGCGGCAUCCUGCCCUUCGGCGCCGUGUUCACGGAGCUCUUCUUCAUCAUGUCCUCCAUCUGGCAGCACCAGUUCUACUACCUCUUCGGCUUCCUUAUGCUCGUGAUCGUCAUUUUGGUGGUGACCUGUGCGGAGAUAUCAAUCACCCUGACGUACUUCCAGCUCACCAACGAGGACUACAACUGGUGGUGGCGAUCGUUCUUCGCCAGCGCAUCGUCUUCCAUCUACGUGUUUUUGUACUCGUGCCUGUACUACAGCACGCGUUUGCAGAUCGGGCACUACGUAGGGGCGAUGCUGUACUUCGGCUACAUGUUCACGAUCUCGUACACGUUCGCGCUGCUGACGGGAGCCAUCGGCUUCAGCGCCUCCUUCUUCUUCGUGUGGAUCAUCUACGGCUCCAUCAAGAUCGACUGAGCCAGCCUCAGACCCCCGUGCUAGUGCAUUCCCGAAUCGCAUAUCUUCUCUCACGCGUGGGUGACGACCAACAAAAAGGCCGGCCGCGCGGACGUUCGCGCGCAGGUUGCCCGCGUAGGGUCGCGCGUGAGCGUUCUCUUCUCCACGUGGCGUGCCGCGCUGGCGGCCUGUGUAGGCCAUCGCGUGAGGUGGCCGCA